UGAGAAGGCAGAUGUUGAACUAGGCGGCCUUGUCGGCUAUUUAUUGUAGGGCUGUGAUAGGAGAUGUUAGUGGUAAAUGCUAUUGAGAAUGGGGAUAAAACACACCUCGGUUACGUCUCCUAUCGGCCCGUCUAGAGCUUCCCAGUCUCGGGACGCUGGUUGUCUGCGAAAUGCGCAGGAGCACGCCGGUAGCCGCUCGAGCAAGCCGUCUUGUAUAUGCGCGAUCUCGAGCAGUUCCGUUGACUCGUGGUUGAGCAGCUGCUCGCUGGCGGCAGCUGUUCUUUGCCUGGGGAGUGAACUCCGCCGCUCCGCAGUAGCUGCUGCCAACCAACAGGCCAAUAGUUCAGCAUUGGUUCUUCUCUCAACCGUGUUUGCGUCCCUGCCCUGGCUCUGACAACCGCCGAUCCUCGGAACCGGAAUCAGCGUGCCAGAUUCCAGGCGGCACCGCGUCGAGGUGCAGAGUCCGACUUCGCCGCCCACCCUCCUCUUCCCUUUGCCCGAUGUAUCUGGUGGUGGUGCUAGGCCUUGCCUUCCAAAUAAACUAUCCUACUAUCUCUCCCAAUGGAUAAGGCCCUCUUGACUUUACCCGUCAGUUCAUCAUCGCUUCAAUAAUCCAGCUCCAUCGACGACCCGGAACUACCGUUAUCGGC